AUGCCAGACGCGUUCGAAAGUGCGUAUCCUCUCUCACCACCUCUGAACCCGCAAGAAUUGCGCGCACGCGCCAAUUCUUCCUCAAAGAAAAAAAAGCCAGUGGUUACUUUCCUUGGCGAUGAGGCUGUUGAGAUACCUGACAAAUCAGAGGUCGGUGUAGACAAGCCCUUGGCACGAGGUGAUGUUGAACUCGAUAGUAUCGCAGUAUCAUUUAACACAAUGCAUACAGCUUUACUCGAUAAAAGAGUGCUUGAGCACAGAAUCUUUGUCAACAGAUCGCUGCAUCUAGAAAAUGUUAAAUUUUAUGGCUUUGAUAUGGAUUACACCUUAGCUGAAUAUAAAUCACCAGCGUAUGAAACAUUAGGUUUUAAUUUGACCAAAGAAAGAUUAGUGCACAAAGGUUACCCUGAAGAAAUAUUAGAGUUUGAAUAUGAUCCUUCGUUUCCAGUUAGAGGUCUAUGGUUCGAUACGUUAUACGGAAACCUAUUAAAGGUAGACGCCUAUGGUAAUAUUUUAGUGUGUGUACAUGGAUUUGAAUUCCUAAAGCACUCACAAGUAUACGAAUUGUAUCCGAACAAAUUCUUAACAUUAGAUGAAUCCAGAGUGUAUGUCCUAAAUACGUUGUUCAACUUGCCAGAAACUUAUUUAAUAGCCUGCUUGAUAGACUACUUCACUAAUUCACCACAAUACACAAGAACAAAUUACGGAGUACGAUGUGGGGAUCUAGCUAUGUCGUUUAAGUCAAUCUUCCAAGAUGUAAGAAAUGCUGUGGAUUACGUUCACAUUCACGGAGAUCUCAAGAGCAAGACCAUAGAGAAUUUGGACCUAUACUUGAAGAAAGAUGACAGACUGCCAAUGUUCUUGUCGAGGAUAAAGGAAAGCGGAGCCAAAAUCUUCAUACUAACCAACAGCGAGUACAACUUCACCGACAGGAUUAUGACUUAUCUAUUCGACUUCCCAUACGGUGCUAAGCCUGGCGAACCUCACAGGAACUGGAAGACUUACUUCGACUGGAUCGUAGUGGACGCUAAGAAACCGUUGUUUUUCGGUGAAGGUACAACCCUACGGCAAGUGGACACAAAGACUGGGGCCCUGAAAAUGGGUCACCACGUCGGACCCCUGCACGAGGAGCUCGUUUACUCAGGAGGUUCCUGCGAUGUGUUUACCGAUAUGAUCGGUGCCAAGGGUAAAGAUGUGUUAUACGUUGGCGACCACAUAUUCGGUGAUAUUCUAAAGUCCAAGAAGAUUGGUGGAUGGCGCACCUUCCUCAUAGUACCCGAGCUGGUUCAGGAGCUGCAUGUGUGGACGGACAAGUGCCAGCUGUUUGAACAGCUGCAGGACCUUGACGUCAAACUAGGACAUAUGUACAAAGAUUUAGACUCUGGUACGAAGGUGAAGCCAGAUAUAUCGAAGUUGCGAAUUUCUAUCCGUGACGUCACACAUAAGAUGGACUUGGCGUACGGUAUGCUGGGAUCACUGUUUCGCUCCGGAUCCAGACAGACUUUCUUCUCGUCACAGGUGGUAAGGUACGCGGAUCUAUACGCGGCGUCAUUCCUGAACCUGAUGUACUAUCCGUUCUGCUACAUGUUCCGCGCGCCCGCCAUGCUCAUGCCCCACGAGUCCACAGUCGCACACGAACAACGCUUCACCUUCGACAAACCCACCAUAGACAGGAGCAGGACUUCUAGCGUGCCCCUUAUCAUCGGCGUAGGUGACCUUCCCGAAGAGAUGUCCAGCGGUUCGUCAAACGAAGCCAUUGUCAAGGACAGGCAAAAAGAGGGCGGCGUAACCUUCCAGUCAACAUCAGUGCCGCACAUGCGUCCAGAGACCCCGCGCCAACUGACGCACACGCACGACGAAGACUGUUCAGACGACGAAGAAGUCACCAAGACUGCGCAAACUAAAUAA